AUGGCUUCGUGUGAGUAUGGGCAGAUUGCAGGAGGAACAUGUGGUUCUAGUGUGGACAAUCCAGAAAAUGUGAAGAGCGUGAUCCUCGCCAAGUGUACAAAAGCCAUACAAGGGCAUCUACGUUCUUGCAACAUUCGAGACGCUAGUUUAGACUCUGAACCAAAGCUGUUGUUGGCACGUGCAGGUACGUAAGGUAGAUGUCUGUAUUAAACAGGCCAUCUUUUAAAAAAAAAAAACAAGAAAGAAUAGACGCAUAAUUUAAAGAAAGGAAAAUAAACGCCUCCCAAUCUUUUUACAUCAAGAAGAAUCGGUGUGACACUAAAACUAAAUGUAAUUUAGCUGCGUCGUGAUCUGAUUCAGACUGUUUUUAUAUUUUGAAAGGUGUCCGCAAAUUUAUCGAAGCAUCACUAGUUUUCCUACGUCUGCAGCCUGUAGAUUUUAAUUAUUGUCCAUAAUUUACACACUAAAUAAAACUGGACGAUGUUCAAGGUUUAGUGACAAGGGUAACGCGGAAAAUGACUUGAAAGGAAGGCUUAAUGAAGCGUGACGCUCAGCACCUGCUUUGAUUGUUUAAUGUCGUGUACUUCUCAUUUUACUGCAUUUCAUAUACAAUUUUUACCCCGUUAAUUAAGGGCCAUGAUUGCAACUUACAACGCUAAAAUAUUUUUAGACAUAUUCCUAAAACACAUAGCGUGUUAUUCAAGAAUGAAUUUUACUGACAAAGAUAUGAGUGAUAAUUAACCCGUGCAGUAGCCGACUUAAUCAAAUUAAGAUCAAUAUCAGAACAUCUGAACUGAGCCAAAACGCAAAAGUAAAAGCCUCCGUGUUUCUCGGCUCAGUAAACACGCAAAAUUUAAACUUAUUCCUGAUCAUUAAUACUUCAGUGCGUUGAGAAGUUUAUUUUAAAAAAAAUAUUAAUAUUGCCUACAUUUAUAAACCAUCUCAGUUUUAUCGCGAGCAUUACAGCCUUGUUUGUUUCACAGGAACUUUACAAAAGUGAGGAACAAAAACUGCUUUUGGGAUGCCUGGACGUCCAAAGAAAAAUUAAAAAUAAAGCUUUGAUUUAUCUUUUGUGCAUAAAUUAACAAUAAACGUGGAAGAAGCGAAUAAAAUGUGAACGACGCUGUGAUAUAUACGCUAAAAAUUGUUAAGUAAAAGGCACCUUACAACCUUUUUUAUCUUUGAAGGGAUUUUUGAGUUAAACGAAAGUCACCUUGAACUAACAAUAUGCCCAAGACAUCGAGACAAAUUUGGCAUUAGAUGGCGUUCAAAUAAGAGGAUAUGCACUGCUCCCAGUGAAUGGUCAUCGCAUGGAACUUUAGUGUCAGGGGAGAGAGGAAUAUCGUCUCUACAUUCCAAGCCACUCUACCAGCAAACCCAAGUGUUGCUUCCUGUAGGCUCCCGUGAGUGUUAAACCUGUAGUGAUAUGUUACAACAUUGCCGGGUUUAGAGCGUAAAAAAAUGGCAGUUUCAAUUUCUUCCACUGCCAUUUUUUGUAUUUUAAAUUCAUAAUCGGAUAUACCCCCGCCUCCUAAAAUCUUUAAAUCAAGAAACGUGUUACCGAACAGUUUCAACACAUAGCUGCAAUAUUUCAAAAACGAAGAGCAUCAUGAGCAAAAACAGAAGCUAUAAGAGUUUGGCACAGAUUUUCUGAGUAAUGUUCUGCAAUCCACUAUUUUUUCCAGAAAUCUGCAAGCACUGCAGGAGAAAGUUGGAAGAAACAACACAGUUAUUAGUAUUUCCCAGCUCAGAAUCGACCACAGAAGCUUUAGGAUCUAACGUAGACAAACCGGAAGAGCAGAUAUCACAAAAUAUCGCACAGGUAGAUAGAGCUAUAUGGUAUAGCUAUGGCAUGAACAUAACAGAUUAUAACCUUGUCCGAGUGGCUUUUAAUAGUUUAAUGAGGUUCAGCAAAAGGCGAGUUUUCCUCCCCUCCACUUUUGAUGAACCCAGCCUCCUUCAUGAUACUACUCCUUUAUAUCAUGUAUUGAUGGGAGAACACUUACAUAUCAUUGCAGUGGUGAUAUCUACGCGGUUAAAAAAGUCAUUCGCUCUACAGCGGCGACAUCGAGUUUAUAUAUUUUUCUGCGCUAACUAGUUCAUUUUCCUUUCUAGAGAAGAUGUGGAGAGUAAAGAAGUUGAAGACAACGUUAGCCAGUCAAUGCACCACCUGACCAUAAGAGACGAAUACUCUCAUCCACAGCUUGACCAAUCAGGACACUACUCCGAGAUCGACACUAGCCUGUAUCAAACGGACUCUCAAGCGAGCAGCAGCAGCGAGAGUUCUAACGGCGAUGAUCCACAAAUUAGUAGUCAAGCAACAAGACGUUCUCUGUUGAACGAUUUCUUACGUUCAUGUAAUGCUCACACAGUCGGGUCAUACAAAAAGCGAUGGGAGGCAGCCAGCGAACGUACUAGAGCAAGCCAUGUGUCAAAGGCGAAGUCAGUUAUUGUUUCUGGCCUUAACGUUAUUGCUCCAGGAGACGCAGGCUACCUCUGGGAGGCCGUGAAAAAAUCUGGCUCAGUCGAGAAGGUACUUGGCAUCGGUGAACGACAAGAAGACCGAAAAUAUCUAAAGGCACUGGCGGAGUCUUACCAAAACGCAUCUACCUGGGAAACAAGGCGUCAGAUAUUAUCAAUCAUGGCAGACCUGAUAACGUUUAAGCGUAUCCUAAACUACAUUCCAGGGAUCACCGAAUACCGGUUCAAAAUGGCGAGACAGCACUCUCUUCAAUAUGGGCGGGGUGCCUUGCCAGCCCGAGCAAAAAGUCCUAGGAUGAGAGUAGAAAAUAAACAGUUGGAUCACUUUUUGACUUACAUAACUAGCCCGCACGUUAUCCAGGAUCUUCCUUUUGGGCAGCGAUAUCUCCGCCUAUCUUCUGGAAAGAUAUUAGAAACCCCAAAUGUCAUUAAGGCGAUGAUCCCUAACAGGCUAGUAAAGCAGUACCAGGCUUAUUGCGAGGAGACGAAUUUCACUCCAUUCAGCCCAACAACAAUGUUAAGAGUCCUGUCUGCCUGCGGGGAGACCGUAAGGAAGUCCUUGCAAGAGCUCGACUACAUUGCUUCGGAUGGCGCGAAAGGGUUUGAAGCUUUGUGUGGAAUAGUGGACCAACUUAAAGAGAGAGGUCUGGACAGAGAGACUGCCAAAAAAUGGGAAAUGUCUCUGAGGGAAGGCAAGCAGUAUCUGAAGGCUGAUUAUAAGGUAUCAGAUACGGUUUAAAACAUGGUUAACUGAAAGUAAACUGGAAUAUAUAACGAACUGCCACGAGACUGGCAAAAUGGCAAAAUCUGUUAACUUUGUCGUGAGGGCUUAAUUAAAUCAGGUGGGUUCUUUUCCAAACUAAUUAUACUAUUGUUGGGCAAGAGAACACCGCUCUCUAUACUGGCGACCGUCUUCGCCUUGCUAGGUGUAUACUUUAUUCUGCCAAAGAUUCAUAUUUUCUAAUUGCUUUAACCAAACUUGGCAAAAAUAUUGCGCGUACAAUAGAUGAAAGCUCAGAAACUUUAAACGGUCACUAAAUUUACUACUUUGUCUUUUUUGAAGGUUCAUGUGUCCGAUCGAGUCCUCCUCGGUUGCAGACCAUUGCAGCGGAUACGCUCUCAGCGAUAGUAAGGACGAUGAACUAAGAUCCCAAUGCUCUCAUAAUCAUUGA